AUGAUGCGUCUGGAACGUGCUGUUGGAUUUGCGAUGCCACUACAAGCAGUAUGGAUGGGCACCCCUAUUAAACUGAUCGGUUUUAUAGAAGUUCCAGAUCCUUUAAUCACUUCAGAUUUUUCAAAAGUCCCUGGAGCUAUUCGAUAUCUUUCUGGACCUGAGAUCUUGGCAGUGCGAUGCAAGGAUGGAUGGGUUGGAGUCAGAACUGUGAAACUAAAGAGGAAACUGUCAGCCAAGGAUUUUUAUAAUGGUUACCUGCACCCCUGGUUCAGGCCGAAUUCAAGCUUGCCUAUGGAGGAGUGCCGCUUCUCUACACUGUAUGUACCAGAAAAACCUAAGAAAGCAAAGCAGAAAAUCUGUGUCUGUACAGAAUACGUG